AUGUCCCUCCGCUGCUUACGUUUCAAGCAAGUGGUAGUUAGCUCGUCCUCACACGCGUGUACGCAGCAGGAGCACGAAUCCCCAGUGGGUCCAUGGCGGAACAAAAGCAAAUUUGGCUGUCGAGAAUGCAAGGCAAAGCGAGUCAAAUGCGAUGAGGCCUAUCCGACAUGCAAGCGGUGCAAUCGUCAAGGACUUGUCUGUUCGUCAGCCCCAAGAUUAACCCAGUGGCAAGUUGAGACACCGUGGCUCUCACUGCAACCUAACACGCGCGUUAAUCGAAGACUGCUACAAUAUUGGUUGGAGAAAGCCAGCCAAAUAUUGGUCAUAGACCCUGAAAAUAAUCCAUUUUCAUUUCCUACUUUGGAAUACAUUGCCCAAUCGUCCGCACUUCUCCACGCUAUCCAGUCGGUCAGUGCCAGCCACGAGCAGUAUUUCCCGGCCACGACCCCAAUUGUCGCCCUUGAGGAACGUGGCAAAGCCAUAGCGUGCCUUCGAAGAGAGAUGAGCCACAGCCAAUACAUGCCUAAAGCACACUUUCUGACUAUUAUGCUACUGGCUCUGGUGCAAGGUGCUGAUUCUGACAGGAAAGACUAUGGCAAGCAGCAUUUAUUUGGUGCCCGCGCCUUGAUCAGCAGUAUGCUCCAGGACACAUCUAUGGCGACGACUAAUGACCCUGCGGUCCGGCUCUGCCUGGGAAUGUAUCUUUACUGGGACAUGUGUACUUCAUUCCUGGUAGACCCGUGUGAGCCACAGGAGCUCAACCUAUUUAAUAUAUCCAAUGCAGUGCGCAGGAUGGGAGACUGGCAUCAUCCGAUGUACGGAACAUGUAGCGAACUACUCCUUAUCAUAACAAAUGUCGGACGGUACUGCCGACAGAUCCUUGACGCGCCACAGAAGCGCAACCUCAUGCAUGAAGCCGUGUUGGAGGCCCGACUUACUACCUGGAAGCCAAUCCCCCCAAAUCCCUGCCUGGGCCACCUAUAUGAAUCAUUUCGCAACCACGGGCUCAUUUUCCUUUAUCGAGCCCGUGAGUAUGCACAGAGUAGUUUUCUCAGGGAUCCAGAUUCGUCUGAAGCGCAAGAGCAUUUGAUUCAACAAUACGCCGAAGAAACAGUUUACCAUCUGAUGCAAAUCCCUGCAACCUCAUACUACCUUAAUUUCCAAUCUCUUCCUCUUCUCACAGCUGGGUCUGAAUUGACGAAAUCGAGUCACUGUCUACGCGAUCAAGUGCGUGACAGGCUUCGAGCAAUCUACUCCUUGAAUCGGCUUCCUGCAAAUAUGCUGGCCCUUCAACUCCUUGAAGAACUCUGGGAUGCUCGAGACAGUGGUCAUGCAUCAUUCUGGCUACCGCACACGCUACAGAAGGAUUGGCGGUUACUUCUAGGAUGA